AACCUGAUCGAGCCGCUCGAGGCCUCGCUUUCCGUCACACUCAGCGGCACCGGAGGAGAGAGCCCAGAGCUACCCAUAAUCCUGCAUCAGGAGAGCGGCGCUCUGAAGUCCUUCUCGUCUCUGCUGGCGGUGGCGUCGGAUCUGGGCCGACUCCGCUCCGUCAGGCUGGUCUGGAAGGGAGAUCUGGUCUGGUCCAGCUGGAUGAGGCGCGUCAGGAACAUCUUGAGCUGGAACAGCUCCGAUCAGGAUCAGGAGAUCAGUGUCUGGAGGAUCUGCAUCAAAUCAGGAGAGAGUCAGGAGAACAGUCAACAUGAAUGAAGCAAAGCAUUCGCUCAAACCGAUGAGAAGCUGUUUAUGACGAGGUGAUCAGAUGCUGUGCAGAGAUCUAACAAAUGCAGCAAAGCCUAAAGUUAAUGCAUUCUCUGAAGACAUUGCUGUGAACGCUUAUGCCAAGUUUUACUAUAUAUGAUUAUUAUUUUCUCAUGAAAUAAACAGUG